GUUCUGCAACUAUACCCACCAACUUCCAUCUCCCCAAAAACACCCCCACCACCCCAUCGUCUUUUCAUAUAAUUUCAUCAGCCAUUUUGUGUACAAAACCAAGGGCUUCACAGUAAUUUCAUGAGUAACGAGCGGGUGCGCCCGUAUCAGCGAUAGCCUAUAUAAACGCAAGAAAAACCUGCGUGGAGGGUGGAGACUCGAGUUGGACUUGGCAGGAAGUCUGGAACUGAAAGCUUGAGGACUUAGUAAUCAUAAAUAUCAUUAAUUUCAAGUCCGACCCCCGUAAAGGAAAGGAAACAACGAGGUGCUUUUGAUCUGGAAAUCAGGAAAUGGAAGCCGGAGGUCUUGACGAAGCGUAUAGGCCACUCCCUCUGCUGUAUUUGGCUUUCUUGUCGAUUUGGUUCGGGGCCGCGUGUUCUUGGACUUUAAGCAUCAGUAGAAGCACCCAUUUUCAGACGAAUGAUUUGCAGUGGACACUGGCAUCCCUUCCAGUAAUUAAAGUUUUGCAACUCGCCUUAUCCUUUUUGUUUUGGUAUUCCUGCUUUUAUCUUCAGACAUGCUCUCUGUGGAUGUCAUUUGGAGCUUAUGUAACUGGAAUUUUCUUUCAGACAGCUUCUUUUAUUUGCUUCUCACUAAUCUCUCGAGGUUACUGCAUCAUGUUUGAGCGCCUUUCAAUCUCUGAGCGUCGUACUACUGCUGUGCUUGGAUGUGUAUUUUAUUUGACUCUUGUUGGGUACAAAGCUUCUGUACCUCACUUCACUGUCCUUCUGCUUCUUAACUAUCUAAUUUCAUUCUUUCUGAUUUUCCGCCAUAUAUCCCAAAAUCUAUCAGUGCUACGGGAACAAUUGGCCUUCAUAGUGGAUGAGAAUGUUCAAGUGAUGCAUGAUGCAGUUUACACAAAGUACAUUAUGUUCAAGAAAUUUCAGGGUGCAAUGCAGAUAGUGGUCAUGGCGGAAACUAUGAUAUACAUCAAUGUGGGUGGCUCUUCAGACGAUUAUUGGCUUCGUCUAUUAGUUCGAGAAUGGGGACAGUUCUGCAUCUUUCUCUACAUUGGGUGGACUUUUAGGUCUCAAGAGUUGGCUCCGCAUUUCUCUGUUAUGCCACAUGUAAAAUCUAAAGCGGAGAAGAUUGUGCCUCCCAUUUACAGUAUUGAAAUGGAUGCUGCAACUUUCAAAGAUUUUAGUAGUCAUGAAUGGCACAUUGGGGUGCCAACUUCUCUUGAUGACAAUAGAAGCUGCAAGGAUUCAGUUUUAGUAAUAAUUCAACAUCCACAUACGUUGCCAUCAGCUACUGCAUCAUCUUCAGGACCUCAUCAAGUGUAAAUUAAUUGGACUAUAGAUUUCAGCAUGGAUAAGGUCAAGCAGAGUUUGGGGGAAAGCCACUCAAUAGAAUAUGCUGCAGCAGUUUUGUUGCCUGUACAGUUGCAACAGGUUUUCAAGUGCUUUUUUUUUUCUUAAAUUCUUUUAAUACAAAGAGCCAUACACAAUGUUCUUUUCAAAGAAAUUCAAGAGCCAGGGCAACAAAAUUCCUAAAUGUUUGUUCAUUCACUUGGGUUGAAAACUGCAACUCACAUGUAUAUUCUCAACCAACUGAAGACUGUAAAUGCAGCUCCAUCUAAUACUAAUUUGUUUUCUCCA